GUGAUGCGCGCCGUUGUGACGGACUCCGGAUUCAUUUCAACGACCUGGGGUUUUUUAAAUGCACACAACGCAUGGUACACGGGCGUUUUUGCAUUUCGCACCUUUCGAGAUGCGGCCGUCACAACAGGGAAUUCAUGCCGCGACCUCGUUCGUAGGCGCGCAAAGCCAAAGUCUCUAAGCAACCACGGCAGAUCUUAUUACAGCUUGCAGUUAUGAUUGAAAUGAAACGCACAAAGCUGUGGUGUUGCUAAUUAGUCAGUCAAUGACUGAAUAAAUAAAUAAAUAAAUAAAUAAAUAAAUAAAUAAAUAAAUAAAUGAGUCAAGCACUUAACAGUCAAGCACUUUUCCCUGUGGAAAUGAAUUUCUCGAACCCAUCGGAACGGACGCCGUUCUGCAUGCUAGCUACAUAAACCGGCAGCUUUCUUUCUUUCUUGUUCUCGACACAUGGCCACUGCUUGCGUUACUUCAUCGUCUCUCCUCAUUCCGCUUCGGCCGAAUAUUCCGAUGCUCGGCUGCCAACGCUAUAGCCUACUAAAAAAAAAAAAAAAAACCCUGCUAUCUGAUAACCCAGUGUAGCUGAAGGAGUAUUCUGUUUGGGGCUUCCGGCGUUGAACGUUAUUGCGGUUCGGCAAGUGGACACAAGACGUUCACAGCUGCGCUACCACAUUAAAAGCGUCGGAAUGCCCACAGGAUGUACGAGCAAAACGCAACCACCUUCAUGAAUUGUGUCGUUUUACGCACGCAUUUCACCCGCCGCGGUUUCUCAGUGGCUAUAGUGUUGGGCUGCUGAGCACGAGGUCGCGGGAUCGAAUCCCAGCCACGGCGGCCGCCUUUCGAUGGGGGCGAAGUGCGAAAACACCCGUGUACUUAGAUUUAGGUGCACGUUAAAGAACCCCAGGUGGUCGAAAUUUCCGGAGUCCUCCACUACGGCGUGCCUCAUAAUCAGAAAGUGGUUUUGGCACGUAAAACCCCAUGUAUUAUUACUACGCACGCAUUUGUUUCUCCCCGGGCAAGAGGAGUGAAGUUUACUGUGCAAGCCUUCACCCUGCUCCCAGCCAUCAACACUAAAAAAAAAAAAAAAAAGCGGUGAGUAAUAUUCGCGCAAGUUUGUACGUGCUGCACCGGCAUACGUACCGCACACUUCUUUUUUCGAGCAGGAAACGACGCUUAUCGAUACGACAACGGUUUCAUGCUAUAAAUACACUUCCGCAGUCAAGAGUUUGAAAACCGCGACGUCAUUUGUCGUGCAAGCGGUGCGAGAAACAAAACGUCAGGCCUUCGUGAAGUUUUCAUAUUCUAUUGCUUUGGAAUGUGUCUGUUGUUGCUUUGAAAGAGUUAGCCAGGAAAGAAACAUAUGGAACGCCAGAUGGGCAGUUAACCGAGGGAAGUAAAUGCGUAUGCACGAAGAAAUUAGGCGUUUAAAUGGCGAUUCUUGUAUAUAUUCUCACUACUUUGAAUUUAGGCGCCUUUAUCUCGGGAACGCUGGCGAUCACCUUGCAUCCUGACGUGAGGUCAUGCUCAGCGGCUGAAUACUUCCAGAUUUCAGAUCUUUCGAUCGCCUACACAGAGCCGCAGCUGGCUCUCGAUUUCACAGCAGUCGUGGCCCGGACGCUGAGACAACGUCCCUGGUUCGCAAUUCACAUGACCCGUCCUCCGUACCACAGGGACGUCUGCAAAGACACCGGAAAACUUUGUGCUUACGAAAUGUGCGACAUCACAACCCCCAGCGCGAGAUUGAGCGACGACAGGGAUAUCUGUCUAAUCGAGAAGGGAAGGUACAACAUCAGUGUCACCUUGCCGGCGCCACCACUGAUUGAUCCCCGAGAACGAUUGACGACGACCACGGAGCGAUCCCUGGCCGACGCCGCAAGUUUCUCCAACGUCACGGACCUGUCUCUCAGCUUCGCCUCGCUGACGAGCUACAGCCGCUUCGACCCCCACGUCGUGGACGCGCUGUCCCGACUCACCCUCGAGUCCCUAUGGCUGACCAACAUCGGCGACGUCAGCGUGUCGGCCAUAGCAAAACGCUGUCGCGGCCUCGAGUGUCUCGGUCUCAGCGAAUGCGUCGUGCGCGACGAGGAGAUCGACGAGAACACCGUGUUCCAGUGUCUCCCCACGCUGCGCAUCGGCAGUUCCAUGAGCGAAUGGACGUUCUUCGGACUUCUCCGCUCGUGCCCCUGUCUGGCUGAGCUGCAAAUGUACAAAUACACCCUGACGACGGCGUUCAUCGUCGGCCUGCCACGGUUCUCCUGUAAACACCGGACCCUCGACUGUAUCGAACUACUGACGCUCCACGCGAAUGUCGGCGGCCGCAGCGGCCUCGACGGACGGCAUGAACUUCCGUCUGACCUGGAUAAUGUUUUCGCCCUGCUGCCGGCGUUACGAAGCGUUCGCACGGACGACUACAGGGGCGGCUACGCAUCGAGAACUGCGCGCCGUGGGUGGACCUGCAGUGGGGCUUGUGUACGGUCUGCUUUGCAGAGUACCCGAAGGUCGACGCGGUGGCGUAAUCUUCAGGUACCCGAAUGUGGCGUAAUCUUCAUUAUUCAAAGUAGUAGGUUGCGUAGACGAUCCUUAAAGAAGUAUUGCGCAUAUGUGGUAGCGAAACGGCGAUACCUUCUAGUUUUAAAUAUUCGCGCAGAGGAGAUUAAAUCGACGGGCAGUCGUACGAACUGCUCCAGCACGGUAUGCCUUUUAAAGGUUCCCAGAUCCGGUGGAGAGCGAUGGAAUGCGCGUCCGCGGUUGUUCAGUAACCAGUUGAACUCUUCGCGGAAAAUAAAGUGAUGUUCUGCGAUGCUGACGCAGUGUGAAUAUGUAUAGUGCGCACGAUGGAAACAAGGUGAUUGAGGCAUGCACUGGAAAUAUCUGCGUCUGCAUUUCAACAACUGCGAGGACUGAGAUGUGCAG